UUAAAUUCCAGUCAAGGCGGGAGGAUGAAGAAGCAGAACUUUUUGAUAGACGUGUUGCUAGCUUUGUUUCUGAAGUGUAAACAAAAACAGCGACUCUGAUGCGACCGGUAGCUGCCUCCAGACAUCUCAAACCUAAGUUAAAUUAAGUUUCCCGGGAUGCCAGCUUUGGAAUGUGUACUGGCGAAGCAGUCUUAGCUUAAAUUUCCUCUCGUCAUAAUUUGUGUAAUUUAACCUGCUUUACGUUAACUUAGCUGCAGACUGACUCAGUGGGAUGGCAACAAAAAAAACAGAGGGAAUUAGUGCCAGCCUCCCCUUUGCUGCCCUCCAGCUGCUGGCCCCGCCUGUGAGGCUGGUCUCUGCAGCCCUGUGGAAAGUGAUGAAGCAGAGGGACGUGAUGCAGUACGGGGUCCUGGAGGAGUUUGUGACGUCGGCCUGUGAGACUGUCCCCGGGCUGCUCACGGCGAGACACCAGGGCAAGCUGGCCCUGGGUCUGAGGGGACGGUACAUCUUGGAGCUGUGUUCUGCACAACUGGAUGAAGAAGUGAUAAUGCCAAAUCUAGAGAGGAUCCGUGCUCCUGCUGGCCUGUCGCUCUCCACCGCUGCCACCUUGAAGAGGGAUGUCAAAAUUGUAAAAACAGUGGAAAGUUUCCAUUCGUUGGUUCACACGCUGAUUACGGACGCAGCAGAGAGAGAGCACUUCUUCAAGGAGGAGUUUCCCGUGGAUUACGGUCCAGCGUUCGACCAGGAGCUGGAGAAGCUGCUGUGGGAGUUUUUGAGCCGAUUGGACCAGCUGCUUCCAGUCCCCAACCUGUCUCAGACUGUGUCGUGGCUCAGCGAUGCCCCUCCUGUCCUGGAGGAGUGUGCGCAGGCGGCCACCCAACCCCAGCUCCUCAAAAUACUGCUGCAGCAUCAAACCUGUCUGGGGCAUCUGGAGACGGCAGCCUCCCUCCCUCCAAACAUGGGCGACUCCAUCCUGGACUCACUCUCUCUGCCUCCCUCCGGAAGAGUCCCUUCCAAACAAAUAACGGGAGCAAAAUCGGCUCCUGGCGGCACGCAGACGCAGCAUAAAGCACCGUUUACCACACCUGUUUUUGGAUUUAUGUCGAAGGAAGAUGUCCCAGUUAUGAUAUCCGCCAAUAAGAGGACGCUAGGAGGGGAGGGGCCAACCUGUUCCAAAGAUGAGCCCUCGAAGUUCACGGUGGUCAAACAGAUGAAAGAAAAAGAAGAAGAGGAGGAGGAGAAAAGAAGUGUUGGAAUGAAACGGAAGCUGGAUGUGAAAACGCUGCACCUACCUGAUGAUGCAUGCAGCCGCUCCGCUUUGGUCCUGUGUAUGAGCAGCAGGCCCCGGGUUGUUAUCGAAAAACUGCCCGACAGCGCCGCUUACACAACCAGCAGAGGAGGGAAGUCUUCGACCGUGACGACGCGGAGUCAGAGGAGGAAGUCGCCGGUGAAAGCUCCAGCGUGUAAAAACCCGAGCGGCCACCCUGUAAAGCCCGAUUUGGAUUAUCCUGGCCCGGGCGACAAAGAAAAUCAUCCUGUGAAAAGUGAGAGCGGCUCUCCCUCCAGGCAAAGAAGUACCACAGAGUCGGCCGCUCUUUCAGGAGACGCCGAUGACUACGUCGCUGAUUCAGAGGAUGAGGCGACGAAGAACUUCAAAGUCAGGCUGUUCAUGAAGCGCUACUACAAGACCAAACACGGCACGUACGUUCCCACGCUGAGGGAGUACCGCAAACCCGGCAUGACCCAGCGCCGCUUGUCCUUGUCUCCCAGGAAACACAGAUGAGGAAACAGACUCCUCACCUGAGGUUGUAAAGUGCUGCACCGAUUACUUGUUGGUUUUCAUGUCUCUCUCUCUCUCUCUCUCUGGAUGUUUUUCUGCAUGUCAUCAGUUUAAAACUUGAACAAGUGCUUCGUCAUCAUGGAGACAAAAAGCAUUGUUACUGAUUAUUGGCACUUCCAUUGAUUCUGUAUAGUUUGCUUGUAAAUGAAGACAUGAUACAUGAAGUAUCUGUUAAGAAAUCAGUGACUUUAAUAAUUAAUUUAAAUCUACAUUGUGUUAUACGCACAGUUAAUAAAGGUAUUUUUUAAAUCUCA